GCCUUAAGAACUACCAUUCAUCGAGUUCUAUAGUACACGGAUAUAUUGAGGAAAUAGGGUGGUGGACGAAAUGGGAGGUGCAUGGUGUGCGGUUGCAAUCGUUUUUUAUUCAACAGUUUUUCGAUGACAGUUUGUCGGCGUUGGGACAAGGCAUGCGAACCUGUUCAUUUUUUCAAAAGUUCCCAAGGUGUACAUCCCAGGAUUAUUUAGACUAUCCCUUGUAAGCCUUGUGAUUAUUUAGUUCAGUUGGUUUCAAACUACUGCAGCAGACACAUCAACCGUAAAACUCGGCUCGUAUCCGUAAACAUAGUCUCUGAUCUCUUGCGCGUUUUUGGCUCUGUAUUCUUUAAGAAAAAGUGAAAAUGAACCGAAAACGUGACACGUGUUUGGUAGAAGGCAAUCGAUUUGAAACACGCGGCUCGGAGAACAGAAAGGUGCGCAAACCUAUGAUGGAGAAGAAGCGACGAGCGCGCAUUAACCAGAGCCUCAAUGACCUAAAACGGCUUCUAAUGGAAACGGAUAACGUGAAAAAAGAGGGCUCCCGACCAUCUAAACUGGAGAAAGCCGACGUUCUCGAACUCACCGUUAACUAUGUCCAAAAACUCCACAAGGAACGGCUUGCAUUGCGGAAUGGCCUGGGCGAACGCGGUACCGGAUUUUCUGACACAUGUUCGUCUCCGUCAUCUGACUCGUCGAAUUUUAAAGCUGGCUUCAAGGAGUGCGCUCGCGUUGUUCGAGAAGUCUUGCGCCAACAACAACAGCAGACAGUUGAAGAAAACUUACACAAAAGAAUCGGCUGGCAUUUAGAAAACUUCUUGGCAAAUAUAGAUCCUGAUCAGAUCCAUCGAAUAUCCCCCUCACUGUCGUUGGGAAGCGAUUCCUGCUCUUCCUUUGAAGAAAAGGACAUGCUCUUGUCUUCUCCCGAACUUCUGCCUCAUCGAUCUUCGCCCGUGAAUCACGCUCUGUGUUCGUCAGCAUCAGAAGAGAGCCAGGAUUUUUGCCAUCGACGUUCCUUUACAAACAAAACAAAUGGCUUUGAAUUUACGUCGACGCCGAAUUCAUCCCCAGCAAAUGUGUUUAGAACUGAUGUUGCAUCAUCUCGCUGGACUUGCGGUUUCAAGUCCAUUCCUCAUGGGUCACCAGAUAUGACCGAUAGCUGGAAUCAAAGAACAAAUAGCCAGUUGACAAGACACAGGAUUAUGCCUUCUUCAUGGUCAUCUGAGAGCAAGGGGAAAGCGAAUGACGUCUACAACACCGACCUUUGGACAAGCGGCUUCCUUGCUACCAGCACCUCUUCACCUGUUAGCUCGUCCAGUUCAUUAGCCCCGUCUCCCACUCAGCCUACCUGUGCUUCUGAAAUUAUGCGUCAGCGCGGAGUUAGUCCGUAUAAAGACCACAUUUCAUUAUCUUUGCCGAAACCAGACGCAGAAAAAUCAAGCGUAUGGAGACCUUGGUGAUACUUUAUUUGUUUUCUUUAGUUUCAUCCAAUCGUGUAACAUUCCGCCUAUUUCCAAUAUUGUUGCGAAUACUGU